UAAUGCCGCGCUGCCUCCAGCUGCCACAGUCAACACUGACACUUCUGAACCAUGAAGACCUUCAUCAUUGUUGCCGCCCUGGCCGCCUUCUGCUUGGUGGACACAAGCGCUGCUCCUGCACCAGAUGCUGAGCCCGGAUACCUUGGCGGCUUCGGAGGCUUUGGAGGGUUUGGUCGAGGCUUCGGGCUAGGAUAUGGAGGAUACGGAGGAUAUGGAGGCUACGGAGGAUAUGGAGGCUACGGAGGCUUCUAUCGUGGAAAGAGGAGCGCUGAGCCUGCUGCUGAGCCUGAAGCUAAUCCAGGUUACCUUGGCGGCUUCGGUCGAGGCUUCGGCGGCUUCGGUCGAGGCUUCGGCGGAGGCUUCGGCGGCAUUGGAGGCUUCGGGAGAGGAUAUGGAGGGUAUGGAGGCUACGGAUACUAUGGUUGAACACAAGCUGUUGUCAGCUGAGCCUUCUAUUUGUUUUGUGUCUUUGAAUCUAUAAAAAAUAAAAACUUUCAAGCAUAAA